AUGACGAAGGAUUCGAAGCUUUUCAAAAGUAUUCGCUUGGGGCCUUGCAACCUCCACCACCGGGUGGUGAUGGCACCGCUCACCCGGCUUCGUGCCGAUGAUCUUUACAUCCAGCUCCCGUUUGUCAAGGACUACUAUGGGCAGCGUGCCUCGGUACCCGGGACCUUGCUCAUCGCAGAGGCAACCGCGAUCAGUCCCCAGGCUGUCGGGUUUUCGAACACUCCGGGUAUCUGGAGUACGGAUCAAAUACAUGCAUGGACAGAGGUGACCGAAUGCGUCCACCAAAAAGGCUCCUAUAUCUUUUUACAGCUGUGGGCAUGUGGCCGUGCUGCCGAACAGGAGGCUCUUGACAAGGACGGGAUUCGAUUCGUGUCAAGCAGUGCGACUGCUGUUGACCCUUAUCAGCGAUGCCCUCAUCCGCUUACUGAGGGAGAGAUUCAAGACUACAUUACCGACUUUGCAACCGCAGCCAGGAAUGCCAUUACCGCAGGGUUUGAUGGCGUGGAAAUUCACGGCGCACACGGCUUCCUGAUCGAUCAAUUCACUCAGGAGAUCUGUAACAAGCGAACGGAUCAAUGGGGUGGGAGCAUCGAAAACAGAUCCCGCUUUGCCCUUGAGGUGACCAAAGCCGUUGUGGACGCUGUCGGCGCAGACCGAGUUGGAAUUAAACUCAGUCCCUGGGCCGAGGAGUUUGGCAUGAAGAUGACGCGUGAUAUAAUACCGCAAUUUGAGUUUCUCAUCAAAGCUCUUGCGGGAUUGCAAUUGGCGUAUCUGACCUUGUCCAAUCCACGAUGGGAACAGGGAGAUCUUGCAGACGAUAAAGAAUACAACGGCAUCUUUGUUCGGGCCUGGGGAAAGUCGAGACCUGUGAUUCUCUGUGGCGGUUACACUCAAAACUCGGCCCGUCUGGCUGUAGACGAGCAGUUUGCUGAAUAUCAGAUACUGAUUGCCUUUGGUCGUUUCUUCAUCUCGACACCGGACCUUCCAUUCCGUGCAAAGAAAGGACUUGAAUUCAGCAAAUACGACAGGGACACUUUCUACACCCCGUGCUCCAAGGCAGGGUAUAUUGAUUACCCUUUUAGUGAGGAAUUCGUGGCCCAGUCGUAG